AUGUGGGAUCUUUUUUAUCUCAAAUUGCUAUUCUGGAUUUUGUUGCUGUCUUUAUGCAUCUUUAUGGUACACCGGAAAACCAAAGUCGCCGCCAAAUUCCGUGAGCUACGUCUAAGGCUACAGUCGCGCUUCAACAGGCGUAUUCGUCUGAAUGAUUCCUUCGCAGAUGAUCUAGAAAAUGGUCUCCAUUCAAGCAAUUUUGAUAUCAUCUCAGAAAAUAGUAAUGAUACGAGAGGUGGAUUAGACGAUACUUCCAAGAAUGAGAUCAAAGAAAUCAUGCAAAACGACAGUAUAGAUUUCGAUAAAGCUAGAUUACUGUACAUGGAAAGAAAGUUCGGUCAAAAUGGUAUAGCUCCCGAUGGGACUCCUGCGGACCCCAAGGCUUUCACCUUUGAUAAAUAG